UUUAAGCUAAAUCACGAAUUUGUUGUAGUAAUUUCUCAUUCAGAAGUUAGGUAUAAAGAGAUUUCUUCUAAAUUUAAUAAAAGUACAACUUUCCAUAAAAGCUUACUACUUUUUUAGAUUUAUCAAACAAUGUCUUUUGAGGUAUUAAAAUGUGCUUAAUGCAUGGUUCUAAAUUCAUAUUCACCGAGGUAACUUAACCCAUCAAAUUUGAACCAUAAAGUCCCUAGUUCUCUCUAUCUCCUUUAUGCUAAUGGAAAAUAAAAAUCAUUGAAAAAGCCUCUCCUUUUUCUCCAAAUCUCUCUUUCUAAAAAGAAAAAAUAUAUAACUCACAUCCAUGAACUUGUCUCUCACAAGAAGCACCAAAGUGGCCUUCUCUCUUUACUUCCCCCAACUUUGAAUUCUUUCACUAACAAAAAAAGAAUAAAAAACAAAGGAAAGUUAAAUCAUUGAGCUAUCACUUCACAUAAAUAGUGAGUCAUGUCAACAAUAUAUAAUAACUGCCAACUAUCAAACCAAAGGUCAUAACUUCUAAGUUGUAACAACAAAACAUAUCAAAAACAGAGUUACUCUGUUUUCUCUUUGUGAACAACUUCUUUCUUUUGAGUUACUCAUCCAACAAACAUCAUGAAGAGCUUUCCAAAGAACAAAUUCUUUCAUUGUUUUCGCCCGGUUGUUGAUAUUGAUGCCAUGCUUGAAUCCAAAGUUGCUGCUCAUUGCUCAGAGAGCUGGUUCAUGCAGCACCCUAAAAAACGUACAGUUUCAAAGUUGAUCAAAGCUGUCAUAUUGGAAACCAUAUUGAAUAGAAGAGCUCGACAUCAAAAUCAUUACGGCCUUGAUUGUUUUGGUGGGUCGAAGAAUAAUUGUUCGACACAUAAAAAAGAAUUGAAAGCCUCUCAAUCAUCUUUUUCAAGUUUAUCUACACAAAGUUCAUCUAUUUCAAGCCCAAAAGUAUCACAAUCGAAGAACAUGUCUACCAAAGGAAAACAUGAGAAAGAAAGCAGCAGUGGAAGCACACUACUAGAGAAGCAGAAGAAAUUUGAGUUGUAUGCAACAUGUUUGGUUCUCAUAAGCUUAAUAUUUACUGUGUUUUGGGGGAAAAUAUUUGGAAUAAUUUUGACAUCAAUGUGCCUCUACUUUUUUUCUCUUUGUUGGAACUCAAACUAUAGCUGCCAGAAGAAGAAGUUGCAAAAUUGUCCAAGAUGUAAUAAUAAACAACUUAGAGAUCAAUAUAUUAUAUGA